UAUUUGUGUAAACCUUAUUAGAUCUGAAUGAGCCAGUAAUAAAUAAUCAAAAAUGAGUGUCAAUAAGGAUUUGGUAAAGAAAGCCACCAGUGAAUUCAGCAUUGUCAGUAUAUUGUACAGCACUUUGAAAAAGGCCUCCAUAAUCGGGAUAGUGUACCUAGUAGGUUAUAUGAAAUGGUCUACAGCAUGGUUUAUUGGCCCUUUAGUGCUCUCUGUAAUAAGGGAACAAUGGAAAAAAUCAAGUGAUAGAAAACGGUCCGCAGCAAAAAUAUCAGCCCUGUCUAGUGAAAAAGAUGUUGUGCUCGCUAGACUUAACGAUUUACCUUCAUGGGUGUUUUUCCCAGAUAUCGAACGGGCCGAAUGGUUAAAUAGAAUUAUCAAACAACUUUGGCCCUGUGUGAACCUCUAUGUGAAGCAAAUAGUGAGAGAUUCAAUACAACCGGCUUUGAAAGAGAACUUGGAAAAAUAUAAAAUGUUCGGUUUUAAAUUUGAAAGGAUUAUUUUGGGAACCGUGCCUUUUCGCAUUGGAGGGGUGAAAGUGUACGACAAGAAUAUCGACAGGAAUGAAAUAAUAAUGGACUUGGACAUUUUUUAUGCGGGAGACUGUGAUGUCACCUUUUAUUUAUCAGGAAUGAAGGGUGGUAUCAGAGACUUUCAGUUGCAUGGCAUGCUAAGAGUAGUUAUGAAGCCUUUAAUCUCGUCUAUACCUCUUGUAGGCGGUUUGCAAGUGUUUUUUUUAAACAACCCCGAUAUUGACUUUAACUUGGUUGGUGUGGCCGACGUUUUAGACAUGCCUGGUUUAAGCGAUAUAUUGAGAAGGAUUGUCAUCGAAACGGUGGCUAAUAUGAUGGUGUUGCCCAAUAAAUUCCCGAUACAGUUAAGUGAAGAGGUAGAGGCUAUCGAAUUAAAUUGUCCUGAACCGGAGGGAGUCUUGAGAGUUCAUGUGGUAGAAGCAAAACAUCUAAUGAAAAAGGACAUAGGAAUGUUAGGUAAAGGAAAAUCUGAUCCUUAUGCAGUUGUGACUGUGGGAGCACAAACGUUCAAAACUAAAGUCAUUGAUAAUACUGUGGAUCCAAAGUGGGAUUUCUGGUGUGAGUUUAACAUUUUGGAGUCAAACGGACAACAGCUCUAUAUUCAUUUGUGGGAUAAAGAUGAUACUGGUGACGAUGAAAACCUCGGAAGAGCCACCGUCGAAAUAUCUAAUAUUGUAGCCAAAGGAACUGAGAAUUCUUGGGUUACGUUGGAACAAGCAAAACAUGGAAUGGUUCACCUGAGGUUUACUUGGCUUGGUCUGAGCAAGGACUAUAACGAUUUGCAGCAGAUUUUGGCAGAAACUCAGUUGUUGCAAGUCUCCACUUUAAGCACCGCCCUGCUCACCGUAUUCGUGGACUCCGCCAAAAACUUACCACAAGCCCGCUCGUCGACCAAACCCGACCCCUAUUGCGUUUUACGGAUGGGUGCAACGAGUAAAACGACCGAACAUAAAAUGCGCAGCGUUGACCCCGUGUGGGAGCAAGGUUUUACGUUUUUGGUGGCUAAUCCGGAGAAUGACUCUUUGCACGUUUGUGUUAUCGAUAAAAAGACCAACUCGGAAAUCGGGAGUUUCACUUACAGGCUGAAAAAUUUGGCUGACAAGGCCAACAUGGCUGUAAUGAAAGAACCUUUUGGUUUAAUUAAGUCGGGGCCGGAGAGUAAAGUGGUGUUAUCUAUGAGCUUAAGGAUCUUGAAACACAAUAAUUCUGACCCAGAAAUGCAAAGCGACGACCCUCCAUCCUUAGACAGACAAUUAUCUACAACCUCCACAGGUUCUAAAUCAUCUUUAUUGUCACAAAAACCAUCCGAGGCAAACCCUGUUAAUCCAGAGGCAACGGAAGACUUUGCGGAACCGAUAAUAGAAGAUUCCACAGUUUCAUCACUAAAUUCCGAAAUUCCAGACGAUGUUAGUUCAGGAAUAAUUCAUCGAACACCGAGUGUUACAUCUUCUGCAGGCGAGGCGGGUUUAGGAAGGAUCCAGUUAACAUUACGAUACAGUAUUCAAAGGCAAAAGUUGGUUGUGGUUGUUCAUAAAAUUGCGAAUAUUCCAUUAAAAGAGCCUUCGAAUAUCCCAGAUCCUUAUGUAAAACUGUAUUUACUUCCGGAAAGAUCAAAAGAUAGCAAGAGAAAAACACAGGUGAUAAAGGAUAACUGCAACCCAGUUUUUGAUGAAACCUUUGAGUAUACCAUUAACCAAGCUGAAUUAAUGAACAAACAGCUGGAGGUUACUGUUGGCACUCAAAAGCAAAUUUUUAGUGGAAAGGCCCUGGGACAGAUCAUAAUUGAUUUGUCCAAGUUAAACCUAGCCCAAGCCUUAACCUCAUGGUUUGAUCUGCAACCAGAAUUUUAAGUUAGUUAUAUUAUUAUGAUUGUUAUGCCUCUCUAAUGCUUUAUAUUUUAUAAAAUUCAACUAUUUUUUUUCUAUAUAUUCAUUUUUAACAUUGUUAUUAUAACUACCUGUUUGUACUGCUGUAAUUUUGUAUUCUAUAUAUAAGAUAGCUUUUAAAUGUAUGCUUUUAUAUGUAUUUAAAACUGUUGAUCUGAUAUUGUUGGGAGUUCUAAAGAUUUUUUUAUUAGUUCUUUUAUAUUUUCUUGUAUACUUUCUCAUUGAAUUAAAAUAAAUAUUUUCUUAAUGUG